CCCGACCAGAGAUCCAAGUAUGGUUCCGCCCUCCUAGACCCACUUUGCCUAGACUAUGGGUGCGAUGCGCCAGCCGGGCACAAUGCCAGUGUCGGACUCGAUCACAUCACUCGUCAGUCAGGAAGGACUAACCAACACAUCGAACCAUUUGAUUCCGACACAUCUUCUCUUACCACAAGUCACCCCGUCCUUCGCACCCUGUCGCGUCCCCCCGUCACCCUCUUGGCCACCAUCUACCUUCGUUUCUCCUUUCCCUUGCCUAUCUUGAAUCACCAGGUCGCUGCUGCUUUCUGCUGCAUUCCCAUAGCGGCUCUUUCUCUCUCGCUCGCCUCUGCUCGUGACGAACACUUUGCCGACCGCACGCACACUCGCCACUCCCUUUGCAACCAUGUCGACCCAACAACGACCAGCCAACGUCGGCAUUAAGGCCAUGGAAGUUUACUUCCCCAAACGUUGCAUCUCGGAAGAUGAGCUCGAAGACUUUGACGGCGCACCCAAGGGAAAGUACACCAUCGGCUUUGGUCAGAAGUACAUGGCCUGCACCGACGACCGCGAAGACAUCAACUCUUUCCUCUUGACAGUGGUCGCAAACCUGAUGGAAAAAUACGACAUUGACCCUAAGUCGAUCGGCCGCCUUGACGUGGGCACCGAGACGAUCAUCGACAAGUCAAAAUCCGUCAAGACAGUCCUGAUGGACCUCUUUGCCCCGCAUGGCAACACGGACAUCGAAGGUCUGGACAGCAAGAACGCCUGCUACGGCGGCACCGCCGCCCUUUUCAAUGCCGUUAACUGGGUCGAGUCGUCCAGCUGGGACGGGCGCGAUGCGAUCGUUGUCAUGGGCGAUAUUGCCAUCUACGCUGAAGGCAGCGCACGGCCCGUCGGCGGCGCGGGCGCCGUCGCGCUGCUCAUCGGCCCGGACGCACCGAUCGUCAUGGAGCCGGUGCACGGCACGCACAUGGUCAACACGUGGGACUUCUACAAGCCCAACCUCUCCUCCGAGUACCCCGAGGUCGACGGCCCAGAGACUCUGCAGACCUACUUGGGAUGCCUCGACAAGGCCUACGACGCCUACCGCGCCAAGGCCGCCAAGGCGAAGUUGGCCGCCGCCGGUCUUACCAACGGCCACGCAACCGCAGCCCCCACAUCCCAGGUCAAGGUGGACGACUUUGACUACACGAUCUUCCACUCUCCGUACAGCAAGCUGGUGCAGAAGGGGUACGGGCGUCUGCACUACAACGACUACCUGUCCGACCCGGAGAACGAAAAGUUCGCGUCGAUCCCGCCAACCUUCAAGGACCUGGACCGCAAGUCGACGAUCACCAACAAGGAGGUGGAGAAGGCGUUUGGCGCAUAUGCCAAAGCGUCGCUCGACGCCAAGCUCGAGCCGUCGAUGGACACGGUCCGCCGCUGCGGUAACAUGUACACGGCCUCGCUGUACGGCGGCCUGCUGUCGCUGCUGAACAACAUUCCCAGCGCACAGCUGCAGGGCAAGCGCAUCCUGCUGUACAGCUUUGGCUCGGGCUCCGCCGCAUCGUUCUUUUCGCUCGCCGUGCGCGGCGACGUGGCGCACAUUGCGCAGAAGAGCGCGCUGCAGCAGCGCCUCACGAGCAUGCAGGUCGUCCCGUGCGAGCAGUAUGUCGAGUGCCUCAAGACGCGCGAGGCGACGCACAACGCCGUCAACUACGACCCGCAGGGCUCGCUCGACAACCUCUGGCCCGGAUCGUUCUAUCUCGACAAGGUCGACCACAUGUACCGCCGCACGUACAAAAGGACGCCCAAGGCUUGAGAAAGUGAGGGCUGGGCAGCGCAUGCCCCCACCUCGCCCCCGCCUUUUACUGCUUUCUAUUAUCAUUGGUGUUACACGUAGACUGGCUGGCUAGCUGACUUGCUUGUUGCGCGAUCUAUUGGGAGAAAUGAUAUCUAUCAUUUUAUGUGUGCAUCGACCAGACUGCCCGCGAGUGGCAUGGCAUGACGCAGUGCAGACGGGACAGGACGAUAGACGCACACUUUUGCUGUUGUUUCGAGAUCGAAGCGAAUGUAGAAUCGUACAAUAGCAUCAU